AUGACUAUCCCUUUCAGUCCAAACCCAGAACAAAUCAAUGUCUCUUCUGUGCCCGCGACACAAGCAGAAGUCCAAGUGGAAUAUACUCUGAGAACAAAAUCAGACGCCAUCGAACAUACCUCCCAGAGCAACCGGCUUAAAGACUUAGCAAAGGACCCGUGGCUAAGGACCACCGGGAAUCGCCAUGCGAGUUCAGGCACGGAGAUCCCCUCAUCAGAACAAACCAAGAGCGCCAGAAUCCUUGUUGUGGGUGCCGGAUACGGUGGUCUCCUCUUUGCCGUUCGGCUGCUGCAGUCCGGUUUCUCUCUGGGCGAUAUUCUUCUCGUUGACGCGGCGGGAGGAUUUGGGGGAACCUGGUACUGGAACCGGUAUCCCGGGUUGAUGUGCGAUAUUGAGAGCUAUAUUUAUAUGCCUCUUCUUGAAGAGACGGGUCACAUCCCCAGCCGGAAAUAUGUACCUGGAGAAGAGCUGCGCGGCCACGCGGAAAGGAUCGCAGAGAAGUGGAAACUACAUACGCAGACGCUUUUUCGGACGACAAUAAGCUGCUUGACAUGGGAUGAGAACAAGACGCAAUGGAUUGCAACAGCUUCGCAGUCAAACAGUGAGAGCCAGGAAAGUAAUAGCUUUGUCAUUAGCGCCGAUUUUGCUAUUCUUGCGAAUGGAACCCUCAGCAAACCCAAGAUCCCUGACUUGCCGGGUGUGGAUGACUUUGCGGGUCAUGUCUUCCAUACUGCCCGGUGGGAUUACGACUAUACUGGCGGGUCUCCAUCUAUUCCUGUCAUGGAUCGACUGAAGACAAAGCGUGUUGGCGUAAUCGGAACCGGCUCUACAGCUGUGCAAGUAAUUCCACAGCUUGCCCGCUGGGCUGGGGAGUUAACAGUGUUCCAGCGCACACCAGUUGCCGUGGGUCUGCAAGAGAAUCAGGAAACAGAUCGCAUUUGGUGGAGUGAGGAGAUCGACAAAGUCGGCCCAGGUUGGCAGCGAAAGAGAUGCGAGAACUUCAACGCCUUCAUCACUGACACGCGGCAGGAGAAGUUGGAAGAGGUGAUGAAGGAAGACAAGGUUCAAGAUGGAUGGACGAGAUUUCCCUCCUUCUCUGCUGCAAUAGGCGGGGCCCAUAAUCUCCAGCCAGAUUUUCUCCAGUUGGUCGUAAAGGUCGACGAGGAGAGACAGAAAACUGCCCGACAGCACAUCAAAAGUACAGUACAUGACCCAGCCACGGCAGAAGCGCUACUGAACUCAACAUACAGCUGGUGCAAACGGCCCUGCUUCCACCAAGGCUACUAUGAGACCUAUAAUCUGCCACAUGUGAAGCUUGUUAACACAGCAGGCGAGGGCGUCACAGAGCUCACACGUGGCGGCGUCCUGCUUGAUGGAAAGGAGUACGAACUUGACCUCAUUGUCCUUGCGACGGGGUACGACAUAGGAAGCCUGUGUCCAGCAGAUAGGGCCCAGAUAUCAGUCCGAGGUCGGAAAGGACACUUGAUGAACCAGAAAUGGGCCGCAGGACCAGCAACCUUUCACGGCGUGAUGACCCGGGACUUUCCCAAUCUCUUCUUCCCAGGAACCUCACAGGCAGGCGUUACGGCAAACCAGUCAUACAUGUUUGAUCGGGCGGCAGAGCACGUAUCUUACAUCAUUAGACAAGCAUACAACCAUGUCGCCGCCGGUUUUGCCAACCCCAAAGUCUGUGUUGAACCGAGCCAGGAGGCAGAGGACUGGUGGACAAUGGAGACGGUCGCGAGGGCUAAGGCAUUCGCUGCCACCAAAAUCUGCAGUUCUGGGAGUUACACAAUCUCAGCUCGCAGUGGUGGAAGUGGCAAUGUGGAGAAGACAGCAAGGCAUAUGCCUUGGGGGGAAGGUAUGGCUAGCUAUGUUAAAAUUCUGGAGGAAUGGAGGAAAAAGGGACAUAUGGAUGGAUUGGAAAUUGCAUGGAAGGGGACAUAA